AUGUACAACGGCGUGGGUCUCCCGACCGCGCGGGGCUCCGGCACCAGCGGCCGCGUGCAGUCCAACAACUUCCUCCUCCGUCCCCGUCCCUCUCCCUCUCCCUCCUCGUCCGCCGCACCCGCCCCCGGCGGCGCGCGCGGCGGCGGCGGCGGCUUCAGGGAGGAGAUGGCGGAGCACGAGCGGAAGCGGGCGCUGGAGUCGCGGCUGCUGGAGCUGCGCGAGGCGCUCGAGGAGCGGGGCUACACAGAGGCAGAGACCGACGCGCGCGUCGCCGAGGCCCGCAAGGCCGCCGAGGAGGAGGAGGCCAAGCAGUCCGCGGUGAAGGAGGAGCGCGGCUGCUGGCCGAAGGGGAAGCCUCUCUAGGGUUCCUCCUGACUCUCUCGCCGCCGUCGCUAGUCUUCGGCCGUGGAGCUCGCCCUGAUUACCAGAUGGAAUUUUUUUUACUCCGUACUAAUUUGUUGCUGUACUGCUUGCUCUUGAUCUCUAUGGUUGCUUGUACUAGCACCAGUAAUUUCUCUC